AUGGAAAUUUCGUCGAAAAAGCCUGUAGGGCGUUUUCGGCAAAUCGUGGAGAUUCCGUCUAAUAUAAGGAAGAGACGAGAUCCAAGAUUCGACGAUCUUUCAGGACAAUUUAACGAUGAUCUAUUUGAAAAGUCGUAUAGCUUUUUAAAUGAAUAUAAAAAAUCUGAAAUGGAAGAAAUUAAAAAAAGAAUCAGUAAAGAAAAAGACCCAGAGGAAAAACAGAAAUUACAACAGCUUUUAAAUAAAUUGCAAUCUAGAGCUGCCCAUGAGAGUAAUUUAAAUCGAAAAAAGCAAUUGAAACGGGAACAAAAAAAGAAAGAGCGUGAACUUAUUGCCCAAGGAAAAUCUCCAUUCUACCUCAAGAAAUCUGAAGAAAAGAAAUUGGAACUUGUUGACAAAUUUAAAAAAUUACAAAAAUCAGAUUCCAAAGUGCUUGACAAAGUUAUUGAAAAGCGAAGGAAAAAGAACGCAUCAAAAGAGCACAGAUAUGUUCCGUUUAAACGACGUGAAGCUCUUUAUACACCACUGUUAUUAUACAUGGUAUAUAAUGCUACAAAUUUUGCUGCCUCCUACCCCAAUCAUGUUUCUCUUGCCACAAUUGUUCAUGUUUCUUCAUGGAUUAUACAAUUUAUUGGUCAUGGAUUUUUUGAGAAAAGAAGUCCCGCAUUAAAAGAUAAUUUGGUUCAAGCUCUCCUCCUUGCACCUUUAUUUGUUUGGCUAGAAGUUCUUUUUCAUUUAAGAUAUCGAUCAUCAUUGCGGCAAAGAGUGAUGAAUAAAGUUGGUGUUGCAAUUGCUAAAUACAAAAAAGGGCAACGUCAGACAGCUGAAUAA